AGCCUCCUCGAUGGGAUCGCCACUCGAAUGGACGGCUCCGAUCUCCCCUCCGCCGCUUCUUCCUCCUCCCCGUCACCCUCCGCCGCGGCCGCUAGCGACCGGCCUCCGGAGGCCGCGGGGGACGGCGGCGUGGAGGAGGAGCAGGCUGCGCCCCAGCCGGAGCGGUGCGAGGCUCUGGCCGCGGCCAUCGCUGGCGUGCUGGGCGGCGCGCUGCGGGAGCACGAGGCGCGGGCCGCGGCCACCGCGCGGAGCCAGGACGAGGUCGCCGCCGCCAUCGACCGCCUAAACGGAGAACUUGACAAGCUACUAGAGAACACACCCUCACUGGUAAUAAUGCAACAUGCAGCAAGGAUUUCCUCUAUCCGCAAGAGAAUUUCAGCACUGAACAUGCUACUGAAGUCCAUACAGCGACGCAUAGAUAACAUUGAUCGAACUAUUUCUACUGGUGCGACAAGUGAUCAUUCAUCUCCUGUACAGAUUCAAAGCCUGAAGUGAAGUUGGAUUAAGAUUCUAGAAGAGAAGUUUCAGUGGAGGCCAUCAAGUGUACACCUUUUUUAUUUGGUAGAGUCAUCAUUGAGUGUAUGCUGUGCAGGCCAAAGCGAAAUUAUACUGGGUUGUGUAUAGAAAUGAGGUGUAACAAUCGCUAUUUCUCCCCAUAUGUGCUAUCAUUGAAACCCUCCAUGUCUUUUUGUCCUCCAAUGGGAGCAAUUUAUUCUGGUGAACCUUUUACCCU